GUGAAUGCUGCCGGUUCCGCUCCUACGUGUUCAGUUGGCGUGUUCAGUCCGCUUCCCGCGUUAUGACGUCGGGAUGUUUAUAUUUGGGAAAGGGCAACGGCAAAGGAAUCUCUCGUUUGGAGAAGUAUUAUUAUCGCGCGCUCUGACUGCGCCUGCAGCUGCAGCAGCUGUCUGCACUGAAUAAAGUGUGCACUGUGCAGCCACAUGUAUGCACGCCGCCCCAUGGUUGGCUGCUUCACUUACAGAUGCCGCGAUAUCGCAUCGGCUGUUUGUUUCGGCCUGGCUAGAGCGCAACUGCCUGGCAUGUGAUCAUCGCAUCUGGAUGAUGCUGUUUUUUUCUCUUUAUUGCGGGGCAAUGUUUUUUCCUGAUGUUUAACCCAUAUUCCGCGCUAGCUAACACCGGAUCGAACAGAGCGUUUACGGUGUUUAUUGAUAGUUACUGAAAAUCUGCGAUUUUUUACAGUCCCUUUGCUCACUGGGUCCAACGAUCGGUUCAGCGUGCACAAUUCACAAACAUGACUAAACCAAUGGUGGUGUUCUAUGUGACAGAUGCGCUGUGCUUCUCUGGCUUGGUUGUCAGUGGAUGUAUCGUCCGAUUUUCCUUACAUAGUUUUGCGCCCGCACUGCGCACCAGCACGGCGUCUUUGUGAUAUGAAAGUGUCAGUGGCGGAUGUUUGUCUGGAUUUUUUUCCUGUGGAUCGUGUAGGGCAUUGUAACGUGUCACAAUGAGCCAGGACAAGUUCCAAGAGGAGUCGCGGUCAGCCGCGACGACCGUGGAACAGUCGUUGUUGGAGCCGCGGGUGACGUUUAAUCUGUCGGACAACGGCAGCCACGCCGAGACGGAGGAGGCCGUCCAGCAUACGGGGCACGACCGGGAAUCGGAGGAGCGCGAAGACGUGAAGGAAUGCGGGAUUGGCACUUGCCGGCCUGUUUGUCUUCAGGGCUCGUGUGCUUCCAUUAAGAGUUUCACCUUCUUCUGUUCGGUGCUGGUUACUGUGCAGGGUAUUUUAAGCGGCGGCUAUCUUCCGUCUGUGAUUUCCACGCUGGAAAAGCGCUACGACAUUCGCAGUGGUCUUUCAUCCAUCAUCCCCUCCUCAUACGAAAUGGGCAACCUGUUCACGGUGAUGUUCGUCUCCUAUCUGGGCACCCGUCGGCAUAUUCCCCUGUGGAUGGGUGUAGGAGUGCUGGUGAUGGCUAGCGGGAGUUUCCUCUUCUCUGUGCCGCACUUUAUGACGGGCGCCUAUCACGGCGGCAGUGUUAAUCUGGAGAAGGGAAAUUUCAGUGAUUUGAUCCAGGAUACCAUCUGUCAGCCAACGGUGCCCAGCCGGGUGGGCUCGGAGGCCCUGGUGGCGUUGAACACCUUUCAGCAGAAUCUCCAUCUCAAGAAGGAAAACGUCUUCUGCAAUUCCAAGACGGGACAUUUGAACUCAAACAACGCACUGUACAUGUUCAUCUUCGUCAGUGCUCAGGUGUUGAUGGGAAGUGGCGGUUCGCCAAUUUUUACUCUCGGAUCUACUUACAUCGACGAUCACGUCAAGAAGGAGAGUUCUGCGUUAUAUUUAGGUUGCAUGUACACCAUGAUUGCAUUGGGACCGGUAUUGGGAUUUCUGCUGGGUGGUUUCCUCUUGCGCAUCCAUGUGGAUACAUUGUACUUUGAUGAAAAGACGUUCAAAUUGGACAUUAGUUCUCCGAACUGGAUUGGCGCAUGGUGGGGUGGUUUCGUAUUCUGCGGUUUCAUCCUACUCAGCAUCGCCAUUCCCUUCUUCGCCUUCCCGAAAUCACUGUCCCGGGAGAAAGCCAAACUAACGUUGGCCGAUAAACCAGACAGGACUAACGAUAGUUUUGCGAGUCUGGCAGAUCGUGCCGGCGACGCAACCGAAACCGAGAAGGAUUACGGGAAGAGUCUUAAAGGCAUGCCGCGAGCUCUUUGGAAACUACUCUCCAAUCCUAUCUACAUUGUGACGUGUCUAGGCGCCUGUAUGGAGCUGUUCAUUGUGUCCGGGUUCUGUGUCUUCCUUCCGAAAUAUCUGGAGACGCAGUUCAAUGUCAGCAAAGCCGACGCAAAUGUGCUGAUAGGCGGAAUUGCGAUGCCUGGUGCUUGUAUUGGAAUUUGGGUGGGCGGAUGGUUACUGAAGAAGCUGCAGUUGCAACCCAUCGGAGCCGUGAGAUUGUUAAUUAUGUGCAAUCUGAUCUCCUUGUCCAUGUUCUCGGCGCUCUUCAUGUUCGGGUGUGACAACAUCAAGAUUGCCGGCGCCACAACGGUUUAUCGCUCGCCGAUGGUAAUGGAAGGCCCGUUCCAAGUCAAUCUGACAUCGGCCUGCAACAUGGGCUGCGGAUGUUCGCAGAAUGAUCUGCAGCUGAUCUGCGGCAGUGAUGAUCUGACGUAUAUCUCACCCUGUCAUGCCGGAUGCAAGCGAUUCGCCCAUGACAGCGGAUUAAACAAUCUCCAGGCCAACUUCUCCGAUUGCUCGUGUAUUGUCGACAGUAUGAGCUCCCGCGCCAGUCCCUUACACGAAGUCUCCAUUAAGCCCCUGGCCACCACCGGGGCGUGUCCGCGGGAUCAGCAGUGCAAUAUGCUCAUUCCAUUUAUUGUCCUGGUGUUUAUUAUGUCCUUCACGGUGUCCGUGGCGCAGAUGCCUAUUCUCAUGCUGACUAUGCGGUCGGUGGCGGUGGAAGAAAGGUCACUGGCUAUUGGGCUUCAGUUUGUCUUCUUCCGCUUGCUAGCAUACGUCCCCGCGCCCAUUGCUUUCGGGAAUAUCAUUGACUCAGCAUGCCUAUUGUGGCGCUCCAGCGAAUGCGGUGCGACAUCUGGCGGUUGCUUGCUGUACGACAUCGAGAAUUUCCGCUACAAAUACAUCGGAAUCGGCGCCGGGUUUAAAGUGGUCGCUCUGCUUCUGUUCACUCUGGUGUACUGGUUGAUUCGGGAACGAGUUGAGUCCCAGCAACGAGAAGAACAGCGGAACACCGGCCUGCAGUUGCUGACCAUGGCCGAUCUAAUGACGCUGUCACUGACGUCCUUGAGCUGUACGGAGCAUGGAGUAAGCUGUCGGGGACGAUCUCAGAGGAAAUGUGCCAAGCUGAAACAGGCGGCUAGUUUCAGCAGUCUUCCUGGGGAUCUGACGAAAGUGGCCUAUGCCAGUCGGGCGGAACAUUUCAGGCCCAGUAUCGUGUAAUCGGAAUCUAGGCGGAAUUUCAUGAACUGAUUCGAUUUUUCCAGUUUUAUCAGUGCUCAUUCUCGCUGCCAUCAUGUCGUUUUGGUGUUCCUAGGAUUUGCUGAGACGGCACAUAAGUACUGCAAACGCCGGUUGUUGCCCGAUUCCGAUGAGACUUUGUUUUAUGUGCGAUUACCUAUGGGAAGGAUUGCUGUUUACUGUUUUAUUUCUUUGUGAUGCAAAAUCGUAUUGAAGGGAUAGAUUUUAUGCAGAGUUCGACCACGUAUGAUUGGUUUAUGGUUGGGAAUUAAUUAUUACCCGUUUGUGAAUAUAGAAGUAUGGAUAGACACAGUUGUUUUUUAUUUUUACGUUUUUGGUUCUGUAUAUUUUAUUGAGCACGUUUUAAAUGAGAAUAAAUGCAAUACAUUGAAAGAUUUAUACGCAGUG